GAGUGGAGCACCUGGAGUGAGGAACAACUUCUCCGCCGGCUCCUGCGCUUCAACAUCGAUGCCUCCGGGAACCCCAAAGCGGUCCUGAUCGACCUCCUCCUGGAAGCCGAAACGGAACGAGCCAACAGGCAGCGAUGCACGCCGAAGAGACUCCAAUUCUUCG